UGUAAUAAUGUAUUCAGCAGUAGCUUGACCGCUUUAAACAAUCCCCUACGUCGAAUAAAAAUCGGCAGGAAGCCAAAUUUAAGUGAGGUCGGGGCGCAGAAGAAUGAAAUGAAAAUAGCAAAAACACUCGCGAAGUUCCGCUAAAUAUAGCUGACCGCGUGCUUCCGUCGCUUACCGAGUCGCACGCUCAGCGGACCAGUUUUGCUGUGAUCGCGACGUCAGUAGUCGUUGUGCGUAAUCGAAGAGCGCGCUUAUAAUGGUUAACGUAAGCCGCCAAACUCGCUACGUUAUGUAAGCGUGUAGAACAAUGUCCCUGGGCGGGCGGCGGCGCGAGCCAGUGCAGCGCGAGCGCGCGCGCCAUGCUUUGUUCAAAGCUACGAGCUUUCCAACCGCUUUGUUGACGAACUUUACUCUUUAAAACUUACUUUGCAUCACAAUAUCAAAAAACAGUAAUUACUGAAGUGAUGGGAGUGAUAAAGUUAAUUUCAAGGAUUUGCUUUGAGGUUAGACGUGAUGUGUGAAAACGGGGCUAAUAUGUUCUAGUUUCGAAGUUUGCCUAUUUACAUCCGUGCAUCAUUCUUCGGCUCGUCGUGGUGUGAUGAGCGGCGCGGCAUUGGAGGCGGAGGCCGGGCGCGCGCGGCCGCUGUCGGGCGGGCUGUGGUCGCUCAUCUCGUGGCUACGCCGCGACGACUCGGGCGCCUCCAGCGACAGCCUCUCCAGCGUCGGCUCCGACCGCACCGUCGCCAGCAUCGCCUUUCUAUCACCCGACCGCUACCGCCACCCCGCCGCCCCCGUUCUCCUGCCCCCGCCCGGUCCCCCGACCGACUCCUACAAGAAGCGCUUACGCGACAGGAACUCCAGACUGCAGCACGACCGCGAUCUCACGCUCCAUCGCAAAUACGGACUCUUCAGGGGAGAUAACGGUUACGACGCUUUUAGCCUACCUCCGGCGCGUAAAUCCAGCGAGAACAACUGGAAGGAGAGGGAGCGCCGAGCCACAAGCGAGUGUGUGCAGCGGCGUGCGGCGCACGUGCCCGGCAAGCGACGGGCGCCGGCGCCCCCCGCCCGCUCCGCCACCCUCGGGGCGCCGCGCCGCUCCCGCAAGCGCCCCGCGCCACAGCCUCCUCGACGGCCGCUCAGUGAGCUCGGCAGGAACGCUCCGAUACCCGAGGAACCGCUUCUAGUCCAAACAGAUACAGAUUUAGUCAAUCCCGCUUUGCGGAGAACCGAAAGCAUGGAUUGCAAACCAGAAAAAUAUAUUAAGAAAGAAAAUAAAGAUUCUAAACCGCGAACGGAAAAAAGUUUCUUGAAACAGAUUUUUGAGGGCAGAAAGAGGAAUUCGGCCGUCGACACCGUUCCUGAAAGGAUACUGCCCAGUAUAAGUGAGCUGGACAAGCAGGCCGCUGAAAUAAUAGAGUCGUGUAAAUUAAAAGCUUUAGAUCGAAGUAAUGAAAGGGCCGCGGGGACGUCCAGAGAACUAGUGACACCGUCCAAAGGAGACAUGUGGUUCUGCACAAGGUGUCUUCGAAAAUAUAAUGAUUCUGUCGUAACAUGCGGAUAUUGUAUAACUGAACAGAAAAUACAAUUAAACAAAAAUGACAAUGAUCGUCGUUUAGCCAAUAGAGCUUCUAGUAAUACACAAACAGUAAUGACAAAUGUUGCCUCGGCGAGCGGAGUAAACGUAGUUGAAGAAAAACAAAAAUUAAAAGAAAUGCUUAAAGAGAUUAAGAAUUCCUUACCUAAGAGAGCUAAACACGAGGUUAAUGAUAAUAAAAUAAAUAAUCAUAAAGAAAUUUCAAAGCCUUCUGUUGUAGAAGCUCCUACUCUUAGAAUAGGAACUAAAAUAAAAGAAGAAAAAGUAAUACACGAUACCAACAGUACAUCAGUAAAUAUCGAAGAAGAAAGUAGAAAUAAAGAUGCAAUGUUCGUUACCAACACAGUAUCGACAUCGGCCACGGAAACAGCUGUAGUAACACAACCAAUAGUGUUACAACAUAUACCUUCCAGGGAUAUAGUAAAAUUAGAACAUUUUAGAAUUGCGGAAACCAAACAAGGAAAAUUAAGUAUGAAUUCGCCUACUGCUUUCGACGAUAAAAAUAUUAUUACUAAGUCAAAUUCAGCCACAAAACACUCGAUUAUCCCUGAAAGUAAAUAUAAGAUUGACAGUGAUUCUUCCACAUCUGGCAAUGCUCCUUCAAAGGUACCAUUAAAAAUAUCCUCAUUACUAAAUUCAAGCCCAACAAUUGAAAAACAAUUACAAAAAAUACCACACAACUUACAAUUUGGAACCCAGGAUCAGAGAUCUUAUAGUAACCAAACAACAACAGCAGAACACGAAGCAAAACCCUUAGUUGCUGCGACUGCCACUUCAGGGCAAAAAGCUGAGCAUAAGACUCAAGAACAAACAACGCAAAAACCGCUAAAAGCAACCAGUACAACGCAAACUUCUUCGAAUGUAGUUUUUGAUAUUGCUGCUAAGUGUAAACGAAAUAUAACAAUUAUAAAAGACCAAGAUGUUAACAAUAAGCUAAGUAGUUUAAAACCUGAUGCAGAAAUAAAUAAUGGGACACCCUUACUUCCCACAAGUUCAGCUUCCUUUGGAAUCUCUUCAUCUGGCCCCCAAACAAAAACAUUUUCAGCUCCUGGCCCGUCUGUACAUGAUAAACGAAUGAAUAUUGAUAAUAUCGGAAACCAGCAGAAGAAAUCACUCUCUCAAAAUGCGCCAUAUAAAGUAUCCGGUGAAAUACCGAAAUUAGAUCUCCAUUCAAGAAGAAGAGAUUUGAUUAACCAGCUUGAACAGUCCAUCGCUAAAGGAGAUGAAAGAGCGGCUGCUGAUGCCGCCGCAAAGCUAGCGCAAUUAAGACUAUCCUGUUCCGUACUGUCAUUUUCAUCACAAAUUGUUGGUGCACCGUCUACAUCAUUAACUGACCCAAUUAAGAAAACCAAUGAUUCUGUCUCUAACAAGACACAGAUGGAAGACACAACACAACCAAAUGAUCCUAAGAAAUCAAACACCACAUCGCCUGAUAAUAUUGCAGCAUCAUCAAGUAAAACUCUGAUUGAAAAGAAACCAGCCCCUAUGCAGCCUAAAUCUGAAGUAUUGGAAAAUAUACCAGUCUAUAACGAACGUAAAAUAAACGAACCCUCAACAUCUAAUAAAAAGGAUGCAGCCGGAAAUGAUAACGUUUCGAUAGAAGUAUGGAUUGAAGAUAGAGAAGCGGCUAGGGGGCCUAUACGGAUUAAUAUGCCCCGGGUAUCCGUAAUGGGCGAUUUGCGGCGUCAAGCGAACGCGUCAUUUGGUCUGGCGGCCCACUUACAACGGUGGAUCGUGGGAAGGACUCUAUGCACCGACGACAGCACGCCCCUCAAUACGCUGGCUGGCCCGAAGUUUGACGCGCCGUUUUAUCUCUGCUUGGUGGAGCCAGAUACAAAUAAGCAAAGUGAUGUGCGCCUGGGAUCUUCUUCAAAUAAUAAAACAGAGGGAAAGAAUCAGAACGUAGACCAACCAAAUGGAGAAAACAAAGCAACUGAUGUAUAUGCCGAAUUAGUCCUUCUGGAGCGCCGCGCUCUUGUUCCGAAUGCUGAAGUGUUUGAGUGUGGAGUUUGUAUGGAGAAUUACCAACCCGGCAAAGGGGCGGUUCUAAGAGAAUGCGUUCACAUGUUCUGCAUGGAGUGUCUCUCAGACGUCGUGAAGCACUCCGAGGAGCCAGCAGUUUCAUGCCCCGCCAUGGGCUGCCCUGGGUUUCUGCAGGAGCGGGAAAUCCGUGCACUUGUAUCUCUAGAGGAAUAUGAGCGAUGGUUGGCGAGAGGACUGGCUGCCGCGGAGAGCGGCACUCGAAACGCAUUCCACUGUCGAACAGCCGACUGCCAGGGAUGGGCGCUGUGUGAACCGGGUGUUACGAGGUUCCCCUGCCCUGUUUGCAAGCGGACAAACUGCGUUUCAUGUCAGGCCAUUCACGAGGGCGACACUUGUGAACAGUAUCGCGCAAAGCAGCAAGCCGUCGAAGCCGCCAACCGGGAGCCGGAAGAAACUGACGAAGGAACCAGGGCAUUCCUCAACACGCUGAUAUCGCGCGGGGAAGCUCUUGAGUGUCCGGAGUGCAGUGCAAUAAUAACGAAGAAGUGGGGUUGCGAUUGGAUCAAAUGUUCGGCCUGCAAGACGGAGAUCUGCUGGGUGACGCGCGGCCGGCGCUGGGGCCCGGGCGGCCGCGGCGACACCAGCGCCGGCUGCCGCUGCGGCGUCGACGGGAAGCGGUGCCAUCCUUCAUGUGGCUAUUGUCAUUAACUAAGGUCCGACCGAGAACGCUUUUUUUGUCACGGCCGAGACUGAGACCGAGAUUCAAUGGGAUUCUCGGCCGAGACCGAGAAUUUAUAAAAUACAAAAAAAGACGAAAGAUUUUUUUUUAAAUAUAUACUCCAUAUAAGUGUAACUAAGUUUUAAAAAAAUCAUGUGGCUCGUCAUUAGAUAAGUCUUUGAAAAUACAUAAAGUUGGCUAAAAAAAAUUUUUUGAUUAAGUAAAUACUUUUGGAAAUAAACGCUCCAAAAAAAAUAGUGUGAUCCCCUCUAACUUUUAAACCGGGAGAGCAAAACCAUUAAAAAAUAUCUAAAUAAUAAGGGCCUCCGCUAGCUGGCGCGGGUGCACGGAGCGGACGAGCGGGUUAACGAAAAAUAGUAUGAGCAACGCUAACUGAAGCGGACGCGUGCGGCGGAUUUCACCUACAAAUAGCACCCGCGUGCGUGCGCACGCGGCGGGCGUUCGCGUCAGCUAGCGUAGGCCCUAAAGCUUAAUAAGCAAAUAAUUUUUCAGGAAAAUUAUUUUGAGUAUGGUCGGUUAAGCCAUUUAAGAGUUAUAAAAAAAACCUGAUCUUUUUAAAACCACGAAAGUGCCACUAACAUAAGCUCUUUUGCUUGUACGGCUUUUUUGUAUUGUAUGAAGGUACGGAAUCUUCCAUUAUGCGUGGUCAGACACGCACUUGGCCGGUUUUUUCAGUACGGAUGUGGACAAAAAGAAGAACAACAAUAAUAAUCAAAAUAUUAAAGAGUUCUAUAUUGUAACCCAAAAUAUCCGCCACAGGUGUCGUUUUGUACUUACGUACUGCUUUGCUUUUUCCCGUUAACACAAAUAUAUUUAGUAUCAAAAUAUCCAGUGUCAUCUUCCACUUACAACAAGUUAAUCUAAGUUACAUCCCCAAUGCCGGAUUUAGAGGUUUGGAGGCCUAGGGCAAUAAAGGAGUGGAGGCCCCUUGGCCCCAAAUUAUUUUCCAAAUAAAAUGGUAAAUUUUCCGAAGUCUCUAUUGUGGGGGCCCCGGGCUGUAGCCCCAGUUGCCCUCCCCUAAAUCCGGCCCUGUACAUCCCGAUAACAAUAUACACUCAUUGAUUCACCAAUAACAACAACCACAAAAUGAAAAGACCCAUGAACAAGUCAUUACUUGCAACCGCGCCUAUCCGAUCCCAACACUUUUAUUUGAUAAGUAAUUGGCUUAAAAUGUGGGUACGAAACCAAUCAAAAUCACAAAAAACGUCACACCAACCGGGCGAUGCAACCAGCGGGUAGCUUAGACCCCGGCGGGGCGCUCGUGCGCGGAAAAUUCAAAUUCACGAAUGAUAACUCAUUGCCUAGUCUCGGUCUCGGCAAGAAUCUCGGCCCAUGUUGGCCGAGAGCCGAGACCGAGAUCUCGGCUCGAUUUUUGGCCGAGAAUGCCGAGACCGAGAUCUCGGUCGGACUAAGUCAUUAACUAAUACUUAUUCAUGUUCAAAUAUAAUUUCUGAAUACCUUAAUAAUGUCAAUUUAUCUGUAAUAAAAAUAUAAUUAAUCUAA